CCCAAAAUGUGCAAUUGUAUCCCACUGAAUCAAUAGUAAAAGAGGGAGAUACGCUGACUUUAUCAUGUAGGGGAGAAUCUAAUCCAAGUCCAAGCAUCAGAUGGGAGAAACUGGGCUCUGAACACCAGGAUAACUGGAACAUUUCCACAUCCAAGGGACAAUCAAUGCUGACCAUUCCAAACAUCACUUCCAGAGAACAUGGCACCUAUGUAUGCAUUAUAGAAAAUGAAAUAAACAGAACAGAGCUAUAUGGGUUUUUCACAGUGUUAUAUGGUCCCCAAAACAUGCAAUUGUAUCCCACUGAAUCAAAAGUAAAAGAGGGUGAUAUGCUGACUUUGUCAUGCAUGGGGGAGUCUAAUCCAAGUCCAAUCAUCAGCUGGAAGAAACUGGGUUCUGACCACCAGGAUAACUGGAAUAUUUCCACAUCCAAUGGACAAUCAGUGCUGUCCAUUCCAAUCAUCACUUCCAGAGAAAGUGGCACCUAUGUAUGCAUUAUAGAAAAUGAAAUAAACAGAACAGAACUAAAUGGAUUAGUAACAGUGUUGUAUGGCCCCCAAAAUGUGCAAUUGUAUCCCACUGAAUCAAUAGUAAAAGAGGGAGAUACGCUGACUUUAUCAUGUAGGGGAGAAUCUAAUCCAAGUCCAAGCAUCAGAUGGGAGAAACUGGGCUCUGAACACCAGGAUAACUGGAACAUUUCCACAUCCAAGGGACAAUCAAUGCUGACCAUUCCAAACAUCACUUCCAGAGAAUAUGGCACCUAUGUAUGCAUUAUAGAAAAUGAAAUUAACAGAACAGAACUAUAUGGGUUUUUCACAGUGUUAUAUGGUCCCCAAAACAUGCAAUUGUAUCCCACUGAAUCAAAAGUAAAAGAGGGUGAUAUGCUGACUUUGUCAUGCAUGGGGGAGUCUAAUCCAAGUCCAAUAAUCAGCUGGAAGAAACUGGGUUCUGACCACCAGGAUAACUGGAAUAUUUCCACAUCCAAUGGACAAUCAGUGCUGUCCAUUCCAAACAUCACUUCCAGAGAAAGUGGCACCUAUGUAUGCAUUAUAGAAAAUGAAAUAAACAGAACAGAACUAAAUGGAUUAGUAACAGUGUUGUCUCACCCGAAAACAUUGUUGGUUCCUGCGGUUUCAGUUCUGGCUGCUAUAACAACACCAGCAUUGGUAUACUUGAUAUAUAUCAUGCGGAGGAAAUUGUGCAAGGAAAAAUCAUACAAACUGCAGUAUGUGUAAUACAACCAAACUUGCCUUCAGAAUUGUGAGAUGAAAAAGGCCUAACAAUGGAAUAUAGACAGGGGGAAAAACUAUAUACUGCACACUGGGUGACUGAGAUUGUCUUCUGUUAUAACACAUCACAUAAACUGAGCCUUGGCAUACAUUGCGUCACAGUCGUAGCAUGGGAUACCUUUCAUUCCAAUGGCCUUCUCUGUGCUACGACAACCCCAAGGUGCUCUGAAUACCAGUCCUGUUCUACUGCAUACAGAAUGAUUUUGGAUGUAGCAAUUCAGUCAGUUUCAAGAAACUGCAUUCUUCUGUUAUUUAAAGCAAAAAAUGUGUGUGUGAGACUAUAUGUUUGUGUUUGUGUAGUAUAUGUGU